AUAGAUAUAAGGCAGCUGCAUAAUGAACAACGAUCAAAAUAAUUUUAUUCAUCGUCUCUGAUUUAUUUAUUGCAUUCAUAAUGGAUUGGUUUAGUGGUUUCCUUAUAAUAUUACUAACAAGUUCAUAUGCUUACUGUGAUGAGUGUUACGUUGACAGUUUUGAGGAUAUAUCCAGUACACUUGCAUCUAAUGUUGGGGUUUGUUCGGGUCUACCUGCUUGGAAUUAUGGAAAAUAUUCCCAGAUAAAUAUAGAGAGUCAGCAUGAAAACAGUCUUUCUUUUAUAUCUCCACCGUCGGUAUCAAUAGGAUUUGCUUGUGUGUUGACUCCAACAUUUCGUAUGGCCGCUGCAGGAGUGUUGCAGUUCAAUGUUUUCUCACAGAUUACUAUUUCUACUGAUUUAAUAACGAUCGUGGCAUACGAAGGAGAAUCUGGCACAACAGACAGAAAUAUUGUUGGCCAAGUAUCAAUCAGUUCCAAUGCAGGUUUGAAUCGAGGAUGGAAUAUUAUAAACGUAACAUUAGACGGCAGUGAAUCUUUUAAUGGAUAUGUAUCUUUUGUUGGACGAGCUUCACUGAGUUCUAUUCUUUUAGUUGACUCUUUUCGAUAUAUACCAGCUGAGUAUACAACCGAUUCAGAUUAUUGUGAAAUUUAUGAAGAUGGCGCAAGUGAUACGACAACGACUGAUACAACAACGACUAAUACAACAACGACUGAAACGACAACUAUCAGUACAACAACUACUGAAAUAUCCUGGACGGAGACUACUACGACUGAUUCAACAACAACAACUACUGAAACACCACGAACCGAAACGACGACUGGUACAACAACGACUGAAACGACAACGAUCAGUACAACAACAACUGAAAUACCCUGGACAGAGACUACUACGACUGAUUCAACAACAACCGUUACAACAACGACUGAAACACCACAAACGGAGACAACUACGACCGAAUCGACAACAGUUGACACAACAACCACUACAAUAACACAAACAGAAACAACGACUGUUACACAAGAAAAUGAUGUUUGUAUCGUAUAUAAUUUUGAUAACAAAUUUGAACAAUUAUUCUCUGAUCCCGUUAAUCGUUGUAAUGGUAUAGAAGCAUCAUGGAAACUUUUCAUUCUUGGAAUUACACCAAGUGAAAAUGGUGUAUUCAACUGUUUAACUUCUAAUCCGUUUAAAGUGAAUUCCGGAGGGAUAUUGAAAAUAAAUUUCUAUGCAACAUCUUAUUUUCAAUUAGCUGUGGUUGUUGAAGAAUAUAUAGAGAACGGCAUUGGAUUCGUUUUAGGAUCUGAAACAUUAUCUUCCUCAGAUACAGAAGUUGGUCUGAAUGUACAAACCAUGGAAUUGAGGUUAUGGGGUGAAGAAUCUCGACUGGGUCACAUCAUCAUUGUGGGAAAAUCGUCGACUGAUUUAUCUUUAAUCGUAGAAUCAUUCCAAUACAUUCCUCCUUCAGGCAACGAAGAUAAUUGCAUCCCAUUUGACGAAUAUGAGAAACGGGAAAAAGAUAAAUCAUUUUUUAUCCUCAUAAUAAUUUUAUUAAUUGCCUUUGAUUUAGUUACUGUACUCACAAUGGAUAGGUUUGGUAGUUUCAUUAUUUUGCUCACAAGUUUUUUUGCAUAUGGUGAUAAAUAUUACAUUGACAGUAAUGUCGGAGUUUGUUCGGAAAUAUUACAUUGGAAUGAUGAAAAGUACUCCCAGAUAAAUGUAGAAAGUCAAGCUGGCAGCAACUUUUCUUAUAUAUUUCUGCCAUCGGAAUCUAUUGGAUUUACUUGUGGCUUGACUCCAACAUUUCAUAUGGCCGCUAAAGGAGUUUUACAGUUUAAUGUUUUCGCUCAGCCCACUGUUUCUACAGAUUUGAUAAGAAUCGUGGUAUAUGAAGGAGAAUCUGAAUCAGCUGAUAGGAAUGUUGUUGGACAAGUAUCAAUUAAUUCCAAUUCAGAUUUAAAUCGAGGAUGGAAUGUUAUAAACAUUACAUUAGAUGGCAGUACAACCUUUAGGGGAUACGUGGCAUUUCUCGGGAAAGCAGUUCCUAAUUCCAUUCUUUUAGUGGACUCUUUUCGAUACAUUCCGCCUCAGUACUUAUCAGAAGAAGACUAUUGUGAAUUUUAUGAGGAUGAUGCAUCCAGUACAACAACAACUGUCACAACUACGACCGAAUCAACAAGCAGCGAAUCAACAUGUUACGUUGAUAGUUUUGAGGAUACCUCCAACGCGCUGGCAUCUAAUGUCGGAGUUUGUUCGGGCUUACCUAAUUGGAGUUUUGGAAAAUACUCCCAGAUAAAUGUAGAUAGUCUACACGAAAAUAGCUUUUCUUAUAUAUUUCCGCCGUCAGUAUCCAUAGGAUUUGCUUGUAUAUUGACUUCAACAUUUCAUAUGGCUACUAGAGGAGUUUUGCAGUUUAAUGUUUUCGCUCAGCCCACUGCUUCGACGGAUUUGAUAAGGGUCGUGGCAUAUGAAGGAGAAUCUGAAUCAGCUGAUAGGAAUGUUGUUGGACAAGUAUCAAUUAAUUCCAAUUCAGAUUUAAAUCGAGGAUGGAAUGUUAUAAACAUUACAUUAGAUGGCAGUGCAACCUUUAGGGGAUACGUGGCAUUUCUCGGGAAAGCAGUUCCUAAUUCCAUUCUUCUAGUGGACUCUUUUCGAUACAUUCCGCCUCAGUACUUAUCAGAAGAAGACUAUUGUGAAUUUUAUGAGGAUGAUGCAUCCAGUACAACAACAACUGUCACAACUACGACCGAAUCAACAAGCAGCGAAUCAACAUGUUACGUUGAUAGUUUUGAGGAUACCUCCAACACGCUGGCAUCUAAUGUCGGAGUUUGUUCGGGCUUACCUAAUUGGAGUUUUGGAAAAUACUCCCAGAUAAAUGUAGAUAGUCUACACGAAAAUAGCUUUUCUUAUAUAUUUCCGCCGUCAGUAUCCAUAGGAUUUGCUUGUAUAUUGACUUCAACAUUUCAUAUGGCUACUAGAGGAGUUUUGCAGUUUAAUGUUUUCGCUCAGCCCACUGCUUCGACGGAUUUGAUAAGGGUCGUGGCAUAUGAAGGAGAAUCUGAAUCAGCUGAUAGGAAUGUUGUUGGACAAGUAUCAGUUAAUUCCAAUUCAGAUUUAAAUCGAGGAUGGAAUGUUAUAAACAUUACAUUAGAUGGCAGUGCAACCUUUAGGGGAUACGUGGCAUUUCUCGGGAAAGCAGUUCCUAAUUCCAUUCUUUUAGUGGACUCUUUUCGAUACAUUCCGCCUCAGUACUUAUCAGAAGAAGACUAUUGUGAAUUUUAUGAGGAUGAUGCAUCCAGUACAACAACAACUGUCACAACAACGACCGAAUCAACAAGCAGCGAAUCAACAUGUUACGUUGAUAGUUUUGAGGAUACCUCCAACACGCUGGCAUCUAAUGUCGGAGUUUGUUCGGGCUUACCUAAUUGGAGUUUUGGAAAAUACUCCCAGAUAAAUGUAGAUAGUCUACACGAAAAUAGCUUUUCUUAUAUAUUUCCGCCGUCAGUAUCCAUAGGAUUUGCUUGUAUAUUGACUUCAACAUUUCAUAUGGCUACUAGAGGAGUUUUGCAGUUUAAUGUUUUCGCUCAGCCCACUGCUUCGACGGAUUUGAUAAGGGUCGUGGCAUAUGAAGGAGAAUCUGAAUCAGCUGAUAGGAAUGUUGUUGGACAAGUAUCAAUUAAUUCCAAUUCAGAUUUAAAUCGAGGAUGGAAUGUUAUAAACAUUACAUUAGAUGGCAGUGCAACUUUUAGGGGAUACAUUGCUUUUCUUGGAAAAGCCUCUUCUAAUUCUUUUCUUUUAGUGGACUCCUUUCGUUAUAUUCCACCUCAGUAUCAAACCGAAGCAGACAAUUGUAAAAUUUAUGGAAAUGAUAUAAUUGAUACGACGAGUGAUACAACAACCGAAAUAACGACGGAUACAGUAACGUCAGAAAUAUCAUCAACGAAAACAACAACAACGGAAACACCACAGACAGAAGUAACAAUGACUGAUACAACAACUACUGAAACAUCACUGACCGAAACAAUAACUGAUGCAACGAGCACAGACACAAUUAUAACAAUAACAGAAACAUCAUGGACGGAAACAAUAACGACUGACCCAACAACAACAACAAGCAUUGUAACAAUAAGUGACACACAGACGGAAAUAACAACGAUCGAAUCUACAACAGUUGACACAACAAUAACAACUGCAAUAACGUCAACAGAAACAACAACUGUCACACAAGAAAGUGAUAUUUGUAUCGUAUAUAACUUUGAUAAUAAAUUUGAACACUUAUUCUCUGAUCCCGCUAAUCGAUGCAGUGAUAUAGAAGCGUCAUGGAAAUUUCAUAUUUUUGGAAUUAUACCAAGUGAAAAUGGUGUAUCCAACUGUAUAACUUCUAAUCCGUUUAAAGUGAAUUCCGGAGGGAUAUUGAAAAUAAACUUCUAUGCAACAUCUGAUUUUCAAUUAGCUGUGUUUGUUGAAGAAUAUAUAGAGAACGAUAUUGCAUUUGAUUUAGGAUCUAAAAUAUUAUCUUCCUCAGACAUAGAAGUUGAUCUAAAUGUACAAACCAUAGAAUUGACCUUAAAAGGUGAAAAAUCUCUACUGGGUCACUUCCGACUUGUGGGAAAAUCAUCGAAUAAUUUGUCUUUAAUGGUGGAAUCAUUCCAAUAUAUUCCUCCUUCAGGCAACGAAGAUAAUUGCAUCACAUUUGAUGAAUACUCGAAACGAGAAAAGCAUUAAUUACUUUUCAAGAUAUAAUGUAUGAAUUAAAUAAUAUAAAAUAAAUAAAAUACAUUGAAAAAUAAAACUUGCAAAAAUACAA